UUAUUGAGGUUAGACCGAAUUGUUUGACAGAAAUACGUUUAUCCAAACAAACUCCGAAAUCAUUUGUGAUUUUGCGAUUUGUUGAUUUUGUUUUUGUUUUAACAUUUGAAUAUAAAGUUUGGUUAUUUUGUGUUUUUCGUUGAAAAAACAGAAUGUCGGACGACGAGGAAUUGAUUUAUAAAAAACCACAAAAAACAAUCCAUUAUGGUACGCUUGAUAAUAGUGAGUGGCUGAAACAGCAAACGCUCGAAGAAAUCCAAUCGGACGAAGAUGACUAUGAACCGGACAGUAAGAAACCAACCACUGCAGCCACCAGCAUUGCACCACCGUCCAAUUCCGGUGGCAAUAUUAACAUCUCCAAUGAGUACUUUGAUUUGGAAAAUGAAAUGGCAAAGGAUAAAACGGCAUUGCUCGAAGAGUUCGAGCGGAGGCGAAAGGCACGUCUUAUCAAUGUCAGUACGGAUGAUGUUGAAGUCAAGAAAAACUUGCGUCAAUUAAACGAACCAAUCUGUCUGUUUGGAGAAGGACCAGCUGAACGUCGAAGACGAUUAAAAGAGCUGCUGGCUAGUCUGGGCGAAAAUGCCAUCACUCAAAAAAUGGCCGAAGAAGAAGAACGGAAGCAAUUGCAACGUGAACAAGAAACAACCUGGUACCAUGAAGGACCGGACGCUUUACGUACAUCUCGAAUUUGGUUAGCUCAUUAUUCGCUUCCGCGUGCCAGAGAACGAUUGGAGCAAGCUAGAGUAGCGCGUGAUGUAUCGAGUGCAACAAAAGCUGGCCGAAUGGUUGAAUUGCAGAAAAAAUUGCAAUCGUUAAGUUUAGAGUGCAGUCAGGUGGGUGAUACACGACCAAUAAGUCAAUGUCGAUUCAAUGAUGAUUCUACGUUGCUAAUGACAUCUAGUUGGUCUGGUCUGUGUAAAUUAUGGAGUGUACCUGAUUGCAAGCAAUUGUUAACGCUUCGAAGUGAUUGCUGGUACACAUGCGGCAUUGCAUUUCGUCCGGGCGUGCAUAAAGAUGACGAUAAUAUUGUGUCAAUGGCAUCGAGUUCUUACGACGGUGUCGUUAAAUUGUGGUCAUUUGGUAGUGAAGAAUCGAUUGCUGAUAUUUCUGGCCAUGUACCACAUCGCGUGGCUCGUGUAGCUUUCCAUCCGUCGGGAAGAUUUUUAGGCACAACUUGUUAUGAUCAUUCGUGGCGACUGUGGGAUUUAGAGCAAAAACAAGAGGUAUUACAUCAAGAGGGUCACUCAAGAGGUGUUCAUAGCAUUGCAUUCCAAAAUGAUGGUAGUGUUUGUGUAACCGGCGGUCUUGAUUCAUUUGGCCGUGUAUGGGACCUACGUACUGGUCGCUGCAUUAUGUUCUUGGAAGGACAUUUAGGUGCCAUUUAUGGAGUUGAUUUUUCACCAAACGGUUUUCACAUUGCUACCGCCAGCGGAGAUAAUUCAUGCAAGAUAUGGGAUUUGAGACGUCGUCAACCAGUAUACACAAUCCCAGCACAUACGAAUUUGAUCUCAGAUGUGAAAUAUCAAAAGGACGGUGGCAACUUUUUGGUUACGUCCAGCUAUGAUUGUUCGGUUAAGAUUUGGUCAAAUAAGACAUGGCAACCGCUUAAAACACUUCAAGGGCACGAUGGCAAAAUUAUGAGCGUCGAUAUAUCACCCAACUCACAAUAUAUUGUCAGUUCAUCAUUUGAUCGUACAUUCAAACUGUGGACACCAGAAAACUAACACUCCAAGUUACAUUUCGUUUCUCCUUUAUUUUUGAAAUACUGUUUUCAAGCAUUUUAUUUAAGUUUUUCAUUUUGAAAUAAAUUAAAACCUUCAAAAAGUUUAUAGAAAA